AUGAAACUCUUGGAACUGAACGACCCCGAUCUGGCCGACCGCAGCGCGGCACGCAAGUCCUUACACGCUGCAGGACUGCCGGACGAUCUCCCCAAGUCCUUGGACGACCGUCGUUCUAUCCCUCUCAUCCAGCCCGAAACGGAGAUGUAUGAUGCCUGGCAAGGCCAAUCCCAAUUCCUCACCACACCCGUGGCCGCAAAACCAUUGAGCUUCAGUCUAGCCCUCGACGACCACACCCAUGACGAAGAACAUAACCUACAGGCCCAGUACGGGCGCGGACUGGCCGCAUCUACCGACGACGAUAACGAAUCCACAACCACUGCCCGGCUGGAAGACAGUGAUGCCCGGUUGAUGGAGAUGCUUGCUGCGCAGGCUGCUCACCGGGAAGUCGAGUCGCUGGGUGCGGACGAGGAAGCCAUCGCAACGGAUGAAAAGCUAUCGGACGCAGAGAAGAAAGAUAUUUUACAGCGCAGCUUGAAUAUGGCCGCUAGUAACGGGGACGUGGAACGUGUUCGGAGACUAGUGCAAGGCCAUGCGGCUGAAUAUGUCGAUGUGAAUAAGCCGGAUGAAGAGGGGACGGUGCCGUUGAUCUAUGCUAGUUGCUUCGGACACCAAGAUGUUGUCUCAGCGCUUCUCGAUGCAGGCUCCCAUAUCGAUCAGCAGGACCGGAAUCAGUGGAGUGCCUUGAUGUGGGCCAUGACAAACAGACACAAGACAAUCGCGAAGAUCCUUCUCGACCACGGUGCGUCUCCGGAUAUCAAGUCCUCGUCGGGCGGGACGGCGUUCGACUUUGCACAGCCUGGUAGCGAGAUUUCAGAGUAUCUGCAUGAAAACGGUUACCACUUUGGGCCGAGUGCGAUCGAAGACGAUUUCUAUGAUUCCGGGUUUGGACACGGUCGCUUCGAGGAGGAGAUUGCUGAGAAUGAAUUGAAGCGGCGCAUGAUGAUGGAGGAGAGCGCCAUCAAUCUUGAGGUGGAUCUAUCGAGCCUGGGGCUCGACGAGAAGUUUGACUCUUUAGAUGAAGAGGAGCUUGAAGAACAGCAAGAAUUUGUGUGGGAUCGAUGUCUGAACGAUCAGAUGUUCGUCUUUCAGGAGAGCGAGCUCGAACGGAUCCUCAACAUCAUCAUCACCAACAUGACACCGCAACGCUCGCCCUCGCAGAAACCCGUCCCCGCCAACCUACUCUUUCUCAGUGCUCGAUAUGCGCACUACCAUGCUAGUCCCGAAUUGCUUGCUAAGCUGCUCGUUUCCGCGACCGAGAAGAUCAACGAUGUCGUCGAGCGCCAUCAGUGGGACAUGACGAUCCUGGCUUUCUGGAUGUCAAAUGCGACGUUGUUGCUACAUUAUUUAAAGAAGGAUGGCGGGCUGGUGGAAUCUACGGUGGAAUUCCAGCUACACCUGGCCGAGCUGAUCAAUGAAAUCUUCAUUCUCAUCAUCCGCGACGCCGAGCGUCGCAUGAACAAAGUGCUUGACGCCGCCAUGCUGGACCAUGAGACCAUUCCGGGACUAGAGGACGUCCACUUCCAAAAUGAGUGGAAGCUCUUCCGCUCCAAAUCCAAGAAAACGCCCGAACCGGCGGAGAAGCGCUUCCGACCUCCAUCCCCCAGACGGCGCGCACAAGUGUCUCCGCGCAACAUUACUUCUCUCCUCUCCUCUACGCUCUUUGUCCUGGAUCUCUACGAUGUACACUCGGUCAUCACUACACAGAUUAUCUCCCAGCUCCUGUACUGGCUAGGAGCUGAAACGUUUAACCGCAUCAUGUCGACCAAGCGCUACCUGGCCCGGACCAAGGCGAUGCAGAUUCGCAUGAAUGUGUCGACCCUGGAGGAUUGGGCGCGAAACAAUAACCGCCAACCGGAACAUUAUGAGAAUGGAUCGACGAGUAGCACGGGCGAGAGCACGAUGGAAUCCGCGCGCCGGCAUUUGGCGCCAGUCAUCCAACUCCUACAGUGGCUUCAAUGUUUCUCGUCGCUUGGGGACGAUUUUGAGUCACUUGUUACGACUCUGCUCCAGCUGCAGCAACUCACCCCGGCGCAACUCUUGCAUGCGGUCAAGUCGUAUCGGCCCGAGGUCGGGGAGAAGGGACUGACCAAGCCGGCUAUGAAAUUCUUGAUUGAGCUACAGCGCGAUCCGGGGCUGCUGUUCCGAGAGCAAGCGAAGCUUCAGGCACCCAAGCAAAACACCACGGCACCCGAGGCAGGAUCUACCGAUGGACGCCCACAGACCCCUCCGGCCUCAACAGCUUCAGAGACGGCCGGAUCCCCAUCCACACGAGCGUCCGUAGCCUCGCCUGGCUCGAGCGUAGCGUCUCCGCACCCAGGCCCGUCGGCGUGGAUGGAUGAGCGCAGUAACAACGUAUUCCUGGACCCGUCCCUCACGCUCCCCUUCUCGCUACCCACGAGCACAGAUAUGCUGAUUAGUUACGGGGCGGGCUGGGGCGGCACGAACCGAGAACGCGCGCGCAAGUAUAUACCGACGGUACCUCCGGAGGUGCUGAGUCGCUCAAUUGAGCCGGAUGAAAAAAACCCCAGAAGAAUCAUGCUGCUUACACUGAAGCCUGCCUCCCAGAACGGAGUUAAAGGUCCUCAUGAGUACUCCAUUGUUCGCCAGUCCGUUCCAACCCCACGGUCAUCCCCGCCCCCCGUGCCUGACCUACCAGCAGCGGUCACCGCACCCUCAAGCUCUUCUGCGGACCGCUCCAUGGACCCCUCGCGCUCAGGAUUGCCGCCUCCUGCCUCGUUAACCUUACCGCCUCCCAAUGUGGGCUUUGCCAAUGUGUCUGGCUCUGCGAUGAACCAGCCACUUCCGCCGCCCCCGGGCCAAUGGCAGUCCUCGGAUGACUCCAUGCGACAAUGGCUCCAGGCCAAAGCGGAGGAAGAUCGGAGGAAGCAGGAAGAAGAGAAGACGCGCCAAGAGACCUUGCGACUCGAACAGCGGAGGGUUGAGCAAAGUAUGCUUCGUGAUUCCUUGCAGGCCGGUGUCCCACCCCAGAUGAUCCCGCUCAUCUUCGCCGGCAUCAGUCCCGGCGGUCUGCCAGCAUCGAUGCUCGAACUCACUCAACAAUACCUAACUCAACCCUCUGCACCUCGCGGGCCUGCUCCGCAGAUGCCUGUCAUGUCUCAUGCACAUCCCCAUGCCCAGCGUAGGCCUACACAUGUCCGCCAAGACUCCCGUACCAUUCCCUCAAAUGCAUAUGUUGCUCCACAGGUGCACCCUCAGACUGUGCCCCCCCCGGGAGUCCUGCUAUCUCAGCCAUUGCAUACUGUUGGAACCUCUCCUACCCCGCAACCGCUGGGUCGUCCGUCAGUAUCCAAUGGCCCCGCUGAUCCACGCUUUGCUGUUGCAGCUAUCCCUCGCUUGAACCCUGGGGAGUCGCAACUGCAACCGCCCAUUAAUCUCAGCAACGUGCACUAUGCCCCAGGAUCGUCCAUCCCGUCAACUCAGCCUCCGCGGGGCAAGUCAGAUUCUUCGUCUCGCCCGUCCCCUCCAUCCCUAUACUUCCACCACUGGGUUCCUCCAGGUCAGACGGCAGGACAUGCGCAAUCGGGAAGAAUUAGGCAGGAAUCACCGGGUGCCGUACAAGGAUCUCGGCAUGUGGAAUCCAAUGUCUCUCCCGGACGGAAGAGGAAGGCCCAUGGGGCACACCAUCCAGCGCCAUUGCCAUCGUCUCGUCCCCCAGAAUCCUUCCCUGGCUCUUCGCAGACAUCUCAGCCAGGUCGAGGUACUAGCCCAACCCACUCUUCAGAACGCAUGAUUGUGGAUGAUGCUAGAUCAAACGAGCGUGAUCGAGUAGAUAAUGAGGGCCGUUAUGAGGAGAAAAAUACCUCUGCAGAACAUGCCACCUCGCCCCACACAGUUCGGGUACAGCGAAGCGAAGCAGCCGCUUAUCACGACCCUCGCAGCAGUCCUGCCCGCUCACCAACAGCAAAAGCUUUGCAAAUGUCCAAAGAGCAUAAUUUAGCCUCGGGACACUAG